CCUGUGGCGUGGGGGGCUGGGCCCGGGCCCUGGUGCCGAGGGCGAUCGGGAGACUUGGGCCGUUGAGGGAUCGGCCCAGCACGAGCCCUUCAGAGGCCUCUUGCCUUUUUCCCUUCGCAGGCGAAGCAGCGGACAUGCUGGCCAAGCCGCUGACGCUCUCUGCCCCGGGGAAAGCUAUUCUCCACGGGGAGCAUGCUGUCGUGCAUGGCAAGGCAGCUUUGGCAGUGGCCUUGAACCUGAGAACGUUCCUUCAAAUUAGACCCAGUAAUAAUGGAAAGGUCUUGAUAUGCUUGCCUAAUAUUGGAACCAGUUUAAACUGGGAAGCCGUCCGGCUCCGGACACUGCUAACGGCAUUUUCAGAUGGCUUGGAUGAAUCUAAAUGCCCCAGCCCAGAACAAAUGGAUGCACUGAAAGAGUUCGCAGGAAUCACUACUGGACUUUCAGCCACUGAGAGCCUUGGUACCCUUGCAUUUCUCUAUCUGUACCUGUCUAUUUCAGCUAAAUAUGGACAGAUACCAAGCGUGGAGAUAGUGGUGUGGUCUGAGCUGCCCACGGGAGCUGGGCUAGGCUCAAGUGCUGCCUAUUCCGUUUGUUUGGCAGCUGCCCUGUUGACUGCAUGUGGAGCCAUUGGCUGCCCAUUAGAGGAGGAGAAGUCCAUUGUCAGGUGGCCUGAGGAGGAGUUGGAUUUAAUUAACAGAUGGGCCUUUCGGGGAGAGCAGGUCAUCCAUGGCAAGCCUUCUGGUGUGGAUAACUCUGUAGCAACUUGGGGUGGAGUACUCAGAUUUCAGUCAGGAAAAAUCACAUCACUGAAGAGAGUGCCAACUCUAAUGAUCUUAUUGACCAACACAAAAGUCUCUCGGAGCACCAAGAUCCUUGUGGCAGGUGUCAAAGACAAGAUCCUUAAGUUUCCUGCUAUAAUGAACCCAGUGCUUGUCUCAAUAGAUGCAAUUUCUCACGAGUGUGAAAGUGUUCUAGAAGCAAUGGCUGUGAGUCCAUCACAGGAUUAUUACCCUGUGCUAGAGGAGCUCUUCGAUAUAAACCAGCAUCACUUAAAUGUGAUUGGAGUUGGCCAUCCCUCACUGGACAGCGUGUGCCGAGUGACCGCCACGCAUGGGCUGCACAGUAAGCUGACUGGCGCUGGAGGAGGUGGCUGCGCAAUCACUUUGUUAAGACCAGACACAGACCCAUUGAUGGUGGAAGCAGCCAGACAAGAUCUCAGUGCCUGUGGAUUUGAAUGCUGGGAGACCAGUAUUGGGGCGCCUGGAAUAUGUCUUCAUUCGCUGUCCUCUUUGAAAGCAGAAGUUCUGCACGUCUUUAAUGAGGUUUAAGAUGACAUGGACUUUGACUGUACCCUGCCUUCCUGCCCCUGCAAGUUCAGAGCUUCUUAACUCUUCACCGGAGUGGCCACCCAUGGUGCCGAACACACUACAGAGUUUAGCUUAUGUUGCCAGUCUGAAAUAUCUUGUCCCCUUUUCCAUGUCUGUGGAAGUGUUGUGAACUGAGACACUGAACCGAGUUCAGACCUGGUGUAACUAACUGGGCAGCUCCACUGAAGACAGUGGAAUUAUUGCUCUCACCUACCCUAGCUGUGAGUCCGGCCCUGUGUCUCAACCUUGAAGCUGGAUCUUGAAUUUACUUAUAGUAUAAACACUACAAUGUUAACAGCGGGCACAAGAGGGAAGGGCGUUAACCCUGGUGUCCUGGCCAACUUCCGGCUUGAGCAAUUAUGUGUUUUACCUCCCUUCCAUGCAUAGUGGGGUAUCCGCUUCGCUUCGCCUGCCUCUUGAGGCCACGGUGAGGCUGGAGUAGUUAGUGUGCACAGAGUAUCUAUGAGAGUUUCUGGUGAAAGGCACCACAGAAUGCAAAGCAUGAGACUGCUCUGGUAUUUCUACUAAUGCUGUUAGAGGCACUGCUGAGAUUUAAAAAAAUUAAAUGUCUCUUACCUGUGUCACUAACUGAAUCUCAGAUAAUUAAAGAUGAAGAAAGUGAAAUUCUAAUACUUUGCCCCAUUUUUUAGUUUCCAUUAGCACAUCCCUUCUCUGUCUAGGCCGUUACAUUAGCCUCCAUAGCCAAUUGUCUGAGCAGGCUUGCUGUUUGUAGUCUCACGGUCUGGUUCUCACAUUAAUAACACCACAAAAUCUGCAGGAAGAUGUUUAAAGCCAAAAGCACUUUUCCUUUAUUUUAAUCUCAAGUCAGUAUUUCUAUUCAUAGUAGAUUUGUUUGAAUCCCUGGGUUUUUGUUUUUCAAACAGUAUAAACGUUGGUCCCAAAUGCGGGAUGUUAAGGACACGUUCCUUUGGCUGGGAAUGUAGAAGGUUAUGUCAAUGGAUAUCUGUUACUACAAAAAAGAAAAGGAGUACUUGUGGCACCUUAGAGACUAACCAAUUUAUUUGAGCAUGAGCUUUCGUGAGCUACAGCUCACUUCAUCUGUUACUAGUCAUCCUUCCUUAAUGCCACUUAUUGGAGUGGGGUGCCAGAGGAGCUUGACCCAUAAAGUAAAUCAAUUUCCACAAUAUUUUUGCAGUUUCUUAAUUGAUGCUAACUCUAGUCAAGUGAUCUACUUCUCCAGUGCAGAGUCAGUAUCUCUUCCAUUACUUGUUUGGUAGCCUCCAGUUUUGGAAUGGGCUGUUGUCCUUCACCCCUCAACUUCCAUACCAGACACUUCUGUCAUGUAGAUAGUGUCUUAAUCAACAAAUUGACACUUGACUGUGUUAAAUGUAGAUUGCAGCAUGCAUACAAGAAUUAGCACCCUCCUCCCAUUGCUUCUAUAUUGAGCCCUGGCUAGAUAAGAGCUGUGUGGAUGCCAUUCACAAUUGUAGUUCAGCACUGGCAAUUGGCACUGUUGAAAAAGCUCCUUUCCCUUAAUGCCCUGGUUAAGCAUUCCCAGCAGCACGUCCCUGUGGGGAGGACAAAAAGUCUAGGUUGCUUUCAACUGUUUUAGCACAAUGGGUUAAAGAGCUGCCAAUGGCUGGGGGAAGAAGGGGGGGACUUUACAAAUUGUUAUGCAGUGCAAAUGGUGCUGCCUUUAGCAUCUCCUACUGUGGGUUUUCUUGCUUUUUCAAGGGUUCCAGAUGCUGUUUCACAAGACAGUCUGUUUCUUCAAUGCAGCGUGAGCUGGAUGGACCCACAAACUUGUUUUAGGGCCUGUCUACACGGGGAAAUGUACUAGCAAAAUAUUCUAGGUACGCCUCCACAUGGGGAGCCAUAAUGGUAUAACUACAGUGGCAUAAUUAUACAGAUGGAGACUAGUAAAAGUCCUCGUGUAGACAAGCCCUUAGACUUCUGGGAUAUCUUUUAUAUGUAACAGCUUUGCUGAAUGUCCUAAUAUGUAAUCAAACAAUGUGUAUCCACCCCAAGAAAAUCUCUGUUCUCCUGGAACCAGGGUAUGUGACCUGUCCUAUUAGGCUUGGCAGAAAAUUUUUUUUUCAGUUUUUGAUAAUUUUGGCACCUGACACUGAUGGAUGUAUGUUUGUUUUUUAAAGCAUUUUUUCGACUUCUCUUUUUUAAUUAUUUUCACAGUUGCAGAAAAUUAUGCAGGGGGUCAGGUAAUUAUUUGGUUAUGAUAGAAGCUGAGAUUCAAAAAGUUAAAGCUGUGUAUAACUGUUAAAACACAAAUCGUCAACAUCACGUGUCCAAAUAUACAAAGUAAAUAUCCUUAAAUUAAACUCUCAAGUAGCACUUUUCUUACUCUGCCAUCUGUAAAUUUUGAUUAUCAAUGGAAAUGUUUUUGUCAAUUUGUGUGUAUAGAAUGAAACUGACAUUUAUCAAUAAAAUCUAAUCUUUCCAAGUA